AUGGCGGAGAACUUCGCGGUCACGCGCCCUAUUUGGAUCACGGCGUCUGGAAGGUCGCAAAAGACUGGAGACCCGCCACUCCACCUUCCCACCGACGGUCAAGGCCCGGGAAACUUCGAGUCAAGGUUUCCCACCGCGUCCUCUGCCAACCCCACGCGCUUCAAUAUGGCAGCCGAGCUAGGAACAGCGGGGAAGGAGAGUGGUAAGGCUUAUGCCACGGGCUAUUUCAGCACAGCGGCGGGAAUGGAGGAAGCCGCCUCCAGCAUUCCAGGCGGAACGAACGCGGCCGAGAUCCCCGCUUUUGAUCUCACUCUUAGAGGGUCACGGCGGGGAACGAGGCCCAGGGAGUUCGGGCCACCUGGCAAGGUGGCAGGCGUCGGAAAUGAGAGGGCGGAGAGCCGGCGGCGGGCCGACGGGCCGGCCGGCUCGCCGGCUGUCUCGGCCCCGGCCCCUGGCGGCUUCUCGGACCCCGACCCGGAGUCCCGGGGCCCGGCGGCCUCUGGUGGCCCCUUCCGGGUCCUGGGCAACCCCGUGCCCCCCGGCCCGGGCUCCAGAGUUCAGGCUUCCCGCCACACGGUUAUAUGGGCAGGAGGGGCGCGGUGUGGGACCCCGCGGCGGCCUCCCUCCUUCCCUCCCUCCCUGCCUCCCUUGGGCCUGCGGCUUGUCCCCCGCCUCCCGGCCGGACGCCGCUGUGCCGCAGACACCCUGCGCCCAACGCUCCGCCCUUCCGCCGGCCUCCCCGGCCGCUGUCCCGUGUGGGGCCGUGGGGGUGCGCGGGGGGGGGAGGGUCCCACGGUGGCCCCCGGCGGGGUCCUCGGGCAGAAGGGGCCGGGGGGUUGUCAGCCCCCCGCCCGGGCCGUGCGGGACGGGGCCCGCGCCGGCGCCGACGCGGACUCCGGGGAUCACGGCCCGCCGGAUCCCGCCCUCCACGAGGCGGCUGUCGAAGAGACCCCCCACCAGAGUCUGGUGCGGGUGCUGGAGAGCUGCCUGUCCGGCUCCAAGCGAACCAAGCUGGGCUGCUCCCGACUGCUCCUGCCCGAGAAGCUGACCCACAGGGUGGCCCGAGACGUCCUGCGCCUCUCGGCCGCCGAGCCCUGCGGCCUGAGGGGCUGCCUCCUCCACGUCCACCUGGAGGCGGACAGGGCCUGGAAGCGGCUGGACAGCAUCGUCUGGGACGCGGACAUCGUGCCCACCUUCGAGCUGACCCUGGUGUUCAAGCAGGAGGGCCGCUCGGGGUCGAGCCUCGGGGACUUCUUCCGGCCCGGGGCCCGGCGGACCCUCGUCCUCGGCCCCGGCUUCCGGCUGGUGAAGAGGAAACUCUACUCCGUGAUCGGAACGGUCGUCGAAGAGUGCUAGGGAGACGCUCUGGCCCCUCGCUUUACAUCCGUAGGACAGAGGACGACACCGAACUGAACGCCAGCCUUCAUUUUUGUAGUUGGUCCCCGUUCCCAGCCUUAAGGCUUGAGCGCUCUUCGGCGAGACAGGUGACUUGGGGCAGAAGUGGCCCAUUCUGAUAGCUUUAUAACCGUCUCAAAUCCGGCGUCAUCUGCCGCGGGAUAGGACGAAGACGACUCCGAACCGAACCCUGGCAGCAGUAGUCGUCGAGGAGGAGAAACGGCAGUAGCAUUUAUCGAACGCUCACUUGAUGCGAUGCGCUGUACUGGUCGCUGGGAAUUCCAGAAUGACGCACACCCUAACGGGGGAGAGAAAUGUAAAGAUAAACAGGGCCCUGGUAACUUGACCGGCUUUCUCAAGAAGCGUCCGAUGUAGUUUAACCCUCUUUACCCCUGCGAUCCUCCCCCUCCUCCCCUCCUCCCGCCCCAAGCCGCCAUGAUGCAGUAGAAAUGUUAUUAAGCGUUUCCCAUGUGCAGAGCACUGUACAGACCACUGGGAAAUGAUGCCCAGGUGGGAAAUAGACAGGGUCCCCUUCCCCUGGUUGGGAGGGGUGGGCAAGGGGCUCUCAAAGGGGAAGACCCUGGGGUCUUAAGGUCAGUCUGCUGCAGGAUAGGACAAAGACGACGCUGAGCCCAACGCCAGCCUUCAUUCUGAUAGUUGAACCCGGUUCCCGGCCUUGAGGCUUGACUGCUCAUGGGCGAGACAGGUGACUUAAGGCAAAAGCGGCCGCUUUUAGGAGCUUCACGUGGCAGCUUUAUAACCGCCUCGAGUAUAUUUUUUAAAAGCAGCACGAAAGCGCUUUCGGCCAAGCAGAAGAGCUCAGAGAAUGCCGAGCGCCGAUGUCCCUACCACCACGAGGGAGGAUCGGUCGGUCGAUUGAAUUUAUUGAACAUUUACCGUGUGCCGAGCGCUGGACUAAGCGCUUGGGGAGAGUACAGUAGACCUGAGUUGGUCGACACGUUCCCUGCCCACAAGGAGUUUACAAUCCGGAGUUUAUUACAAGGCCAGUGCGGAGACGGGCUCUUCGUGAAAUGGGGUCAGGGAGAGGGGACUCAGUGAAAUCAGCCACUCUCUCGCCCUGGACCAUCCCUGCCCGCCAGCUGCCCCGCAAAAUCGGUGAAUACGGCAUCAUUCGUAGUGACCUUUGGGUGCCAGGGUUCAGCUCAACUUUGGGGCCUGAUCCCGGCUCUGCCAGUUGCUCGGCGUGUGGCCUUGAGCCAGUCGCUUGUCUUCUCCGGGCCUCAGUUGCCUCAACUGUAAAAUGGGGACUCAAGACCCAUUCUCUCUCCUACUUUGAUUGUGAGCUCCGAUCUUAGAUUGUGAGUCAGAGUCUGCCCUAAUAGACCUGUACUCAUCCCAGCGCUUAGAACGGUGUUGGACGCACUGCAAGCGCUCAACGAAUACCAUACGAGAAGCAGCCCGGGAGCUUUCAUACUGGCUUUCGAACAGGAAGAAAGCGACCUGUUCCGUCCUCGAUAAUAGAUGUGGCAUUUAAGCGCUUACUGGGGUCCCAGCAUUGUGCGAAGGGGUACGUCCGGUAAAAUCAGACCAGACACAGUCGCUGUCCCACGUGGGGCUCACGGCUUCGGGAAGGGAAUCCCGAUCAAUCAGUGGUAUUUAUUGAGCGCUCACACGGUGCAGGGCACCGUGCCAAGCGCUUGGGAGAGCGCGAUGCCGUCGGUAAACACGAUCCCUGCCUUGGAGGAGCUUAUCCCGAUCCUCGAUGGAAUCCUGGCCGUCAAAGUGAGGAAUUACGCGCCCGGGCUGGAAAGGUGAGGAUUAAAGCCCGCUCGCUCCUCGCUUGUUUGAGGAACCGAGGUAACCCGUUCCCGUUUGCCUUUUGUGGGCGGGGAGGAGGUUUUGCCCUCUGGUCCCACCUAAACCCUCUCGAUGGCCAAGCUGUGGGUCCGACCCUGACAGUGACCUCUUCCACAAGGAUAGCCGGGUCUCCUUGACCGGGAGGUAGGAGAGGGAUUGGGCCGUGGCUUGGCCAUGGAACUUCUCACGUGUACACUUUCCAUCUGAGUUUUUAGCGGGAAGCAGUGACCCGUUUCUUUUUUUUUUAAGGUAUUUGUGAAGCACUUAAAAAUGUAAAAAUGG